CAACGGGAGAGGCCACAACAGUGAGAGGCCCGCAUACCGCAAAAAAAAAAAAAAGGAUAUUCAUGGCAAAGAAAGUAAUUUCUAGGAUUCCUUUUCUCUUCUUGCUAGCAACCAGCACCUCAGGGAUCUCUGGGCUGUGGGUGUGGGUGGUUGUGAGAGGAGAAUGUUGACUAGAAGCAGCACAGCUUUUAUUCUACUGCUGGAAAAUGGCCCCCUCCUUUGUGAGAGACGGCCACUCAGUGAGGUUCACAUAGUCAGCAAGGAGUCCUUCUUGCUCAGCUGGUUUAGGAGAAAGGGACCACAUCCUGAAGCAGAACAGUCUUCAUUUAUUUCAGAUUCUUUCCCUUGUUGCCAACUUUCCAUUUACCUUCAACUUCCAUCUCUAACGAUGUUUAUCGUGUGCCUGCCUGCACCCGGUGUUUCCACAUAGGGUCCCACCACACAGCCCAUUCAGUCUUAUGACAACCUCAUGAGGUACUCGGCAGCAGUGCUCCAUUUUAUGGGUGAGAAAACCAAAGCUCUAAGAGACUAGUCUCAGGACUGUCGUUAGUGAGUGGUGCCGCCUAGGUUUGAUGCCUGCCGUUCCCAGGGUCCUCACUGCGCUGAGCUCCACCAUGAAUACGACUGCAGGAAGAGGUACCAUCAGAGGAGGGGGCUAUGGUGUGGGAUGCUGAGACCAGGUCUGAAUCUCUCUCUGGGCGAUUAGGGCACUCCUGACCACAUGUCUCCCCAUAGGCUUUAAGACAGACCUGCCUCAGGCUCUCUCCCUGGGGCACAGGGACAGCCACCAAGCCACCUGCAGCCUGUACCUCCUGCCAGCACCAUUUGCAGUUGCUCAGGGCCCACCCACUGACGUGUGGUAAUGGGGUUGGAUGCAACUGAUCCAGCAGGGGCUGGAAAAAAAAAAAAAAAGCAUGGCGAUGUUCCAAAAAACUUUGUUUACAAGCAGGCAGCUGCCCAGAUUUGGGUCGUAGGCCUUAUUUUGCCACCCCUGGUUAAGAACAAUGGGAUCAGAAGUCAGAUGCUUGGGUCCAAAUCUACCUCCACUACUUCGUAUGCCUGGUUUUCCAGCUCUGCGUCUGAAAGGAGGCCCUGUCAGUAAGUGUCUGCCCAUCUCGCCUGAUCCCAGCCCAUAGUACCAGGGAGACACCUGAGGUGCCCUCCUUAGGCAGCUGCCCAGCUGGAGUGUGUGGUUGGCUCCAGUGAGCAGAUAGCACAGGUGUGAGCUUAAAACAAAAAAUGGCCUACAUUUGCUGGGGGAGUAUCUUCAAAGUCGAUAGCUCUCUCACUAAAGUGAAAUGGAAACCCCAAUGUGGUUCGGCUGGCCUGAGCGAUAAAUGCACUUGUUAUUAUUCUCUGAUUCGCUCUGUUCAUGGAGAGUUUAGUCACGGGAGUUUCUAUUCUCAGGAACUCACAGCACAUCACAACACACAGCUUAAUUGUCCUCAUAAUAAUUCUGCUCUGUAUAACAAGCCUUUACAGGCAAGGGGUGGGGGGCAGUUAUGAGAAAUCAUGUGUGUUAGAAUUGCUACCCAUGCUUCGAGAUCAUCAGAUAAAAGUUAAUUAAUAACACACGUACGUGUACAGGCCACCUCUCUAAUCUUAAAUUCAGGUUAUAAUAAAAGGAUGGCCUAUUCUAUUUUCAGCCUUCUUUAACCCUUGAAAUUGUGUUGAUUUUGAAAGUAAAAAUCCAGCAUCCUGUUAAGUUAAGGAAAGACAAAAACAGAUGAGAAUUAUAGAGCAGUAAGAGUCUGGCUCAAAGUGGUAAGAAUUAUUGUAGGACAAGAAAGCAUUGGGACUUCCUGUGGGACCAAAGUGAGGCGGCGGGGCAGGGGCUGGCACCUCUCGCAGCAACCAUGGCAUAUACCGGCCGCACCGUGCCUCUCAUCGUGACAAGUGUGUUCUGGGGCUUCGUUGGCUUCCUGGUGCCCUGGUUCAUCCCUAAGGGCCCCAACCGGGGAGUUAUCAUCGCCAUGUUGAUGACCUGUUCAGUUUGCUGCUGUCUCUUUUGGCUGAUUGCAAUUCUGGCCCAACUCAACCCUCUCUUUGGACCACAGUUGAAAAAUGAAACCAUCUGGUACCUCAAGCAUCACUGGCCUUGAGGAAGAAGACCUGCUCGCCAGUGCUCAGUCAUUGAGAUCACAAAGAAAACUCCUCUAGAUGCAAAAUCACCUCCAUACCCAGACUACCGUCCUUGAGUCAUCCACUUUGGCCGUCAGCUGCCUUAAACGUUCACACAACAUUUGAAUAUUUAUUCUACAAAGCAGUACUUUUUCCUCUCACCUGUUUUACACUUUGAUGAAUGAUGUGCCUAUUGAAUCUAAACUGUGCUGCCUCUAUAAAAUGUUUAUGUAAUCUUCCGAGACAGAAAGUGCUGUUCUUCUGAGAAAUAACAUUACUCUCUCCUUGGGAACUGUGGAUCUGAAGAUGGCUCCUGCCUGCUUACCACAUGAGAAUCAGCGACGUGUUUAAAAACUGUUACAUGACAAUAAGACUCCAGUGGGGCAGUCAGUAGGAGAACAUGUCCAGAGGGAAAAUCUGUCCCACCAGAACUAUACCAAAGUAUAUUUUCAUGUUGAAUUUCUUAUUUCUGCCCUCUUUUGGAAUAAAUUAUUUUUCUGCUUUCUAUGGAGAAAAGAAAAAAAGAAAAGAAAGCAUUGGGUGAUGUCAAGAUCUCAUCAUCGGGAAAAUGGGAAGCUACAUCAUAAACGUUGUCUGCCUAAUCAUCCUAAGCCUUCUCAUUGUAAAGGAUGUAUUGUCUUCUCAGAAGCAGUAAUCUCCUUUGGGACAUGAGUAAAAUAAGUUGAAUUCAGUUUCCCUUUCAUGAUAUAAUGAGUAUUUCUCCAGUGCAGCAUAAGAAAUAGAAUAUCACCCAGGAGAAACUUACAUAGGCAGUGAUAACGUGGAAAAAUCUAAUAAAGAAAACCCACAUGCCCCAUGGAGGAGAAGCCCUCUGUGUGUGUGAUCGUCAUCUUGUGAGUGCUUCGAUCACACUUUAUAAUUUUGCCAAGUGCUUUAAUGUAAAUUACUUCAAUGAAAAAUUCACAUCCCUUUGAAGUGUAUAGGUUAGCCCCCUUUUAUUGGUGGGGGCUCUCUUUAAGCUAAAGCUUAAAAAAGAUAAGUGAUUUGCUCAAGAUUAGUUAUAUUUGUAGAGCUGGAAAUUGAAUUUCAUUCUUCUGGGUCCAAAUCCAAGUUCUUCUCCCAGAAAGUUAACGUGUGGACAGGUUGUAGGUAUAUCUGUGGCCUGGAGCAGUGGCAUGCAGUGGGGUGAGCAACCUUAUAGAAAAGAAUACACUCAAAACUAAAAUUUGCAUAUGAGCUUCCAUUAUUACACAUACUUUCAUUUUCUAUUUAUUUUCCUCUUAGAGGUCAAAAUUUCCAUUCCUGAUUUUAACCCAAAGAAGGGCUAAGUAAAUUCCAUGGGCCACUCUUGAAGAAGGCAAACUGGAAAAAAUAUACAAUGCCAAAUGACUAGCCUAACAGGGUGUGGACACCUUGGUCACCACUCAUUCUUGUACAGUUUAACCCUAGUGACAAUUUUGCAGGAACAAAAUAGCUACUGUUUUUGCUAUUUGGUCUCCAGGUGUGUCAAAUACCUUUUGAUUGAGUGCCCAGAGCAGGGCUUUUCAACCUCUGCACUAUGGCAUAUAGGGCUGGAUAAUUCUUUGCUGUGGGAGGCAGUCCUGUGCAUUGUAGCACAUUUGGUAGCAUCCCUGCCCUCCGCCCACUAGAUGCCCAUGGCACUUCCAAGUUGUGAUAACCCCAAAUGUCUGCAGAUGUUGCCAAAAUCCUAGGGGGCAAAAUCUGCCCCUGGUUGAGAAUCGGUGGAUUAAAGUCAUCAUUUUUGUGGGUUAAUCACUCAUUGAUGGGUUAGGUCCUGAUGGACCAUCUAGUCUGACUUCAUUUUGGUCAUUAAGUUGACCAGCACAGGAGGCUAGCAAUAGAUCCAUUGCUAAUCACUUUCCCCGACAGGGCUGUCCUGUGAGAAUGGCUUUUUGACAGCUCUUCCCAAGGGCAACAGCUAUAAAUCAUGGAAAGCAGCCACUUGACAUUGGGUAUCCACAGUUGGCAAAUGCCUCCUUCUGUCUUCCAUUUGCAUUUCCAUCCAGACGGUGGGACUGAGGGAGGUCAGUUUCAGCAGGAAGUGGAAAGUGCAUAGAUUUAGGAGGCAACCAGACCUAAAUCGAAAUUUUGGCUUUAUCACUACCUAGGUAGGCGACCCUGGGCAAGUGACUAAACCUCUCUGAAACUGUCUGCUCCUUUAUAAAAUCAAAAUAACUCUACCUACCUUAAAGAAUUUGGGAAUUAAAGGGCUCAGAUGGAGCUAGGUACAUAGUAGCACUGUAAUAAAUAUUUUCUAUUACUAUACAUUAAAAAGGAAUGAAUGCCUGAACAGAUACAGUUAGAAAUGUCAAAUGGAGUGUCUGCCAGUGGCCAGGUCUGUCUGAGCUAAUCUCAAGUGUUUUCUGAUGAUCUCUGAAGCAUGUGCCCGUAUCGAGCUCCCUCAAGGCCCUCUCCACCUGUUCCCUCUCCAAUGUCCACGUUCCUCUGACUCUUGAGGGACCUAAGUGUUCCAGAACAAAGAGUCAGAAAGGUGUGGAUUCAUGUAGAAAUAUGUCAAAGCAUUGUUGGUUUUAGCAGCUGAUCUGUUCUGGGGUGUGAAAAACAACCAAAGUCACUAAGCCACAGAGGGAUUGAAAUGUGAACAGAUGGGCAGAUGGGAAGGCAGCUCUUCACCUGAGCAGCACGGAAGUUGCUGCCCUGGCCGGGGCUGGAGGAGAGGCUGGAGGACAGGAAGGGUGGCAGAGAACUGCCAUGGCCAGGAUCCCAAGGCCAAGCUGCUAGCACCCAUCACACAUCUGCAGCAGGGUCUAUACUAGGCACCAAGGAGAAAGGGCCAGACCCUCAAUAGGAUAUUUGGUCAGGACAGCCCUGGGUAAAACGACAAAGGAGACUCUUUUAGUAGCAUCUCUCUUCCCCUCUGCAUCACGGAAUUUAUGCUUGGUAAAGAAGCUAGGAGAUCUCCUUUGUCCUAAUCCCUUUAGUUCACUGGCCCCAAGAAAGGAGGUAGCAGAAUCAUGAAGCUGGGGGUUGAGCCAGAAAGAUGCUGGAGGUGGAAUUCAGGUCAUGGGUGGGGUUCGGUGCCCCUCCUAUAUGGAGUUCUAGGUUUGUUCCAAUUGACAGUUUGUGGUUCUAGAUCUUCGGCCCAGGAUGGACUGCCAGCCCAGUGUUCCUUCUGCUCUGCCAGGCUCCUUCCCCCAUCCCUGUGUCUUAUUUUAACUCUAAAUUCUAGGAUAAUAGGUAUCCAAGGAGAUCAGUACUGUUUCCAGAUCAAAUACCAACAAUAUUUACAAUCUUUAUGUCCUUAUUUACUUGAUGCUGCCCCUAAAAGUAGUAAUUCACCACCAAGAAAUGUUCUCCUGUCCUAGAAUACUAAAGAAAAUGAGAAAUAAGCAAAAGAUGACUUGGAAGUCAGCAAUUCUACUGCAUCCUAUUUAAAAUUGGGUGGAUUUUAAUACCUGCUUUUAGAACCUACAACACACACACUUUUAUUUAUUUUAUUUUUGGCUGCGUUGGGUCUUCGUUGCUGCACACGGGCUUUCUCUAGUUGUGGCGAGCAUGGGCUACUCUUCGUUGCGGUGCACAUUGCAGUGGCUUCUCUUGUUGCGGCACACGGGCUCAGUAGUUGUGGCUCGCGGGCUCUAGCGUGCAGGCUCAGUAGUUGUGGUGCACGGGCUUUGCUCCCUGGUAUGUGGGAUCUUCCCGGACCAGGGAUCGAACCCGUGUCCCCUGCAUUGGCAGGCGGAUUCUUAACCACCGGGCCAACAGAGAAGCCCAACACACACACUUUAAAACACAACAUUUUUCAUAUUUUAAUGAGUACGAGGUCAAAGCAUACUUAUUGUGGAAAACUUAGUAGAUAUAGAAAAGAACAAAGAGAAAACAAAAAUCAUUUUAAAAAAUUUUGCUACCGAGACUCAUUAGUAUGUUGGUGACUAUCCUUCGAGGUUUGAAUAUGUGCAUUUAGUUUUGUAACUUUUUUUCACUGAACAAUAAAUCAUAGCCAUCUUUCCUUCUUGUUAAGUAUUUCUCUAUAUCAAUUUUAGUGCCCAUAGAGUGCCAUAAUUUAUGCCACCACUGCCUAUUGUUGGACAUUUAAAUGGCUUCACAUUUUGAUGCAUUAUGAACAGUGCUGCUGUGGGCAUUCCUGUGCAUAUAUCUAUACCCACAUUUGGGAUUAGUUCCUUGGAAUAAAUUCCCGGCAGUAGACUUGCUAGGUCUCCCCUCCCCUCAGUGUCCCUGCUUCCUGGAGCCUGCCUCUGGUGCAUUCAUGGGCCCAAACCUUGCAUCACCCACCUUCCUCGUGAAGCUUCCUAAACUCCUGGCCUAUCUCCAUCUGUUGGAGAUCUCACGUGUGACAGGAUACACAUCACACCCCUCCUGGCCUGCUCUCCAAAGGGCAGAACGGAUGGCCGUUUGUAACCAUGGUGGUCAAGACCAAGAAGGGUUUCUCUUCCUCUCCUUAUCAGUCAGACUUCUCCUCCAUUCCCCACUGACACCGUUAUCCUCAGACAUACUUCGUUAGGAAAAGGAAGGGAAGGCGGAAGAUGUGGAAGAGGAAUAAGAGAAUGGAAGAGAAUUUGCAAAAAAAUAUAGCAACAGAGUGAUGAGUCUUGGCUUUGAAGGCAGACCAUCAGCAUAUUCUAACUGUGUGACCUUGGACAUUUAACUUAACUUCUCAAAGCCUCAGCACCUCUAUCCAUAAAAUGGGUGCAAUAACACUUAUCUGAUAUGGCUGUUGUGAGGAUCCAAAGACGUAACCCGUGUUAGCCCUUAACCCAGGGGCGACACUGAGAAAGAGCUCAACUAAGCAACAUCUGUCUCUCUCUUUUUUUUUUUGCAGCUUUUUUGUUUUUUAUUGAAGUAUAGUUGAUUUACAAUGCUGUGCCAAUCUCUGCUGUACAGCAAAGGGACUCAGUGUUACACACAUAGACAUUCUUUUUUAAAUACUCUUUUCCAUGAUGGUUUAUCCCAGGAGAUUGGAUGUUGUUCCCUGUGCUAGACAGUAGGACUUUGUUGCUUAUCUAUUCUAAAUGUAAUACGUAGUUUGUAUCUACCAACCCCAAAUUCCCAGUGCAUCCCUCUCCCUCCCCCCUCCCCCUUGGUAACCCCAAGUCUGAUCUCUGUGUCAUAACAGCUGUCUCUUGAUGCUUACUCUAUGAAGCAGAAAGGGGAAAGCUGGAGAAGGAAAGGGGAAGCUGGAAAGAAAAGAGAAGAAAAAUUAAGAAAACGGAGGGAGGGGAGGCAGGAAAGGUUUUAGGGUGGCAGUGGAAUCAUUUUCACCUGCCCAGAAGUGGAAUAUGUAUGGAAUCCAAAAAAUACCCAACCCCUUCCCCCCGCCUGCCAUUCCCCAUCGCCUUCCUCUCUGCCCCCAGUAGACCCCAUGGCAUCCGGGGAACGAAGCCUUCUGUAACUGUGGGACCUGCUCCUCCAAGCUGACACCAUGCUGGGUGUCCCUGGGCAAGACCGCUGGCUCAGCCUCCUUCCCUCACACCCACCCGCAGCGGGGUCCCUUUGAGAUGGAUUUGAGUGGUUUCUCACAUCCCACUUAGGGCAAAAUGAACUGUCAGUUCAAAAACAGGUUUUGGGGGGAUGUGGUGUCCCCCACCUGGGGCUAACCCUGGCCAGGGAGGUUGUCGAUGACUUGAAGCUGAAGACGACAGCCUACGUGAAGUGAGAGGAAAAUUCCCCUCCCUGCUAGUAAGAGGCUUCACAGAGCUCACCAGCCUGUUGUUUUCUUGGUGUUUCUUUUUCUGGUUUUUUUUUUUUCUUCAUACACAUCAGCUUCUAAAUUUUACAAGCUGUUACCUACCUUUAUCUCUGAAAGCAGUGGAACAUGCUGGACUCGGGAAAGUAAGUGACAGUGAACCGGAGAAUGAUGGAUGGGGUGAUAGAGGCAAGGUCUCCUGCUUUCCUCAGCGCUUUGAGGGUUAAGCCUUUCUGUGGACAAGCAGCCUACCCACGAUGACUCCUAACCUGCUCACCUCUUCUUUCUCUCCUCCCCCCUCACAGAUGUGGAAUGUGACAUUGCCUAAGACAAUUUUAACAGUAUGUGUUUCUAAAUUCCACACCCCCCUGCCAUUUUUAUUGUGGUAAAAUACUCAUAAAAUUUACCCCUUAACCAUUUUAAGUAGACACUUAGUGGUAUUGAGUAUAUUUGUAUCAUUGUGCAGCUACCACCAUCCAUCCAUCCACAGAAGUCUUUUCAUCUUGCAAAACUGAAACUGUACCUGUUAAACAAUAACCCUCCCUGCUCCCCUCCCCCCACCUCCAGGCCACCACCAUUCUACUCUGUGUCUCUAUGAAUUUGACUGCUCUAGGUACCUCCUAUAAGUGGGAUCAUACCAUAUUGCUCCUAGUGUAUCUAGCAUAUUUUACUUAGAAUAAUGUCCUCAAGAGUCACCCAUGUUGUAACAUGUGUCAGAAUUUCCUUCCUUUUAGAGACUGAGUACUGUUCCGUUGUAUGUAUAUAUCAUAUUUUGUUUAUCCAUUCAUCUGUUGGUAAAUAAUUGGGUUGCUUCCACUUUUUGGCUAGUGUGAAUAAUGCUGUUAUGAUCAUGGGUGUACAAAUAUCUCUUCUAGACUCUGCUUUCAGUUCUUUUGGGUACAUACCCAGAAGUGGAAUUGCUGGAUCGUGUGGUAGUUCUAUUUUUAAUUUUCUGAGGAACCACCAAACUGUUUUCCACAGUGGCUGCACCAUUUUACAUUCCCACCAAUAAUGCACAAGUAUUCCAAUUUCUCUACAUCCUCAUCAAUACUUGUUAUUUUCUAUUUUUUGAUAAUAGCCAUUUUAUUUUAUUUAUUUAUUUUUUGGCUGUGCCACGCAGGCUGUGGGAUCUUAGUUCCCCGACCAGGGAUCGAACCCACAUCCCCUGCAGUGGAAGCACCGAGUCUUAACCACUGGACCGCCAGGGAAGCCCGAUAAUAGCCAUUUUAAUAGAUGUGAGGUGGUCUAAAGUUUUUUAAAAGGAAGAGAAGCCAAAGCUAGGAUUUCAGAAUUUAUAAAUAUAGAAUAAAAUAUACUAUUUAAAAAUGACAAGUUAAUUUAACAAAUUAGUGAGUUUAACACAUAAAAAUAUAAUAACUGCUUAUAUAAGUUCCUUCUGAGAUGUCAAAGGAGGAAAGAGAGAAGGAGAGGAGAAAACAAAGAAUGGGAGAAGAAAAAUUAAGUAAAAUUGGGGCAAGAUGAGGAGAAAAGGUGAAAGGGCUUUGAGGGCAGCAUCUAGAAUAAUCUUUUUGGCAUUGUGAGGCCAUUGGCCCUCCAGAUGCGCCCCAGCCCUCCCGCCUGUAUGUACGUAUUUUUCUGAGGGACAUGGAUUGCUCUCUGCAGUGGUUCUCUGUGUUGGGAGGGACACAAAGAUGAGCAAGCUACUGUUCCUUACUUGGGCCAGAAGGUCAGAAAAAGGGGGUGGAGACGGGGAGCAUCUGGCGGCUACACCGGCUCUGCGUCCCAGGCGGAGAGGCCGGCUUCCUCGCUAGGUUGCCUGUGCCAAUACCCCAGUGCGGGCACAGAUCAGAGGCAGGGCUGGGUGGCAUUCAAUCUUGUGUUUCAUGCACUUUUAAAGCCGCUUUUGAAGGAACGAAUGCAUCACGGUUCUUUCGUUUCAGGGAAAGCGCCUGUGAGAGAGCAGGAGGUGGGGAAAACUCAGAGCUGGGAGGGGCCGCCCUGGGCUUUGGUCCAACAAAGCCGCCGCUGCCCAGCAGCUGGGCUCUUGCCCCUUGAAAACCGAUCGGCCAGGAGCCCCUCAGCCUCUUUCCCUCGGGCCAGUCACAUCACAUUUUACAGAUCCUCAGGAAAGGAGACCCAAGUCCCUGUCCUCUGGGUUUGUGUCCUGGCAUCCCCGACGUAUCAGUUUUCUGGGCAAACACAGGCUCUAGGUGAACAGCAGCAUUUUGCUUCUCUGGUCCCUGAACGGGGUCACGCUUCCAUGGAAUUCCACGGCCAAACCAGAUGAAAAGAAAGAAAAUGAGCAGAGCCGACUAAGUAGACAGGGCAUUGCUGGUGUCUCAAUGGGAGUGUCACCUAUUCACAAAGCAGGCAGGAAAUCUUUAAUUAACCCUGUUUCCAGACACAAAAGCCCGUGAUAACAUUUUAUCCUAUUUGAAUACGUAUCUUCAAAGAAGGCGAUGUGGGAGCCCUUUUAUUUUUGUUAUUGGACUGCUAAUUUAACACCAUGUAUAUUUUAAACUGUCGUACAAGAACACAAAACCUGUACCUAUAAGCACAGAGGAUGGGGGAAAAUCCUUCUUGGAACUCUCCCUUCUCUCUUCCAUUUUUAUUCCGCAGUGGCACAUUCCUCUUGAGAAAAUCCUGCCCUGGAUUUUUAUUAGUCUUUUGUAGGCAGUCAGGUAUUAAAACCUCACAAAUCCAUUAUGUGCUUCUCAGCCCUGCUUUUCAAGUUGCCUCUCCUCGAGGUGUGGACUAAUGAAAUGGAGGGGGAAGCGGCUGCUUUCUCCCUCGUAGAAGAGGCUGAGCCCAAAGACAGACCAUCCUUCAGAGACCCUCAGGGCAGGCUUCCUCCCUGUACUCACCAUAUUCUUACUGCCCCAAGUUUUAAUUUAGAACUAUUUGAAUUACCAGAAUAUGCUCCCAUAUGUGGCAUAAAAAUAUGCCUGCACAUAUAGAAAGGGAUAUAUUGGUUUUGCUCCAUCAGAGAGGGUCUUUUUCUAUUUUGUAAAAAAAGUCUCAAGAUUACCAUUAUGUCAUCUUAGCAAUGAAAUUGUUUAAAAUUUUUGUUAGUACAUAUGCUAAUAAUAUCUAAUAUUAUUCUAAUAUCUAAAAACAGAGCCGUAUUCUGAUUUCCACUUUACAAGGCACUCUCAUAGUAUUAUCUCAUCAGCAACUCAUCACAAACCCUUUGAGACAGGGGUUGUCAUUCCCACUUGACAGAUGGGGAAACUGAGGUUCUGGGUGGCUGACUGAGUUCCUUAAGGGAACACAGCUAGAAAGCAAUAUUGUGGGACAAGGACCUGCAUCUUCCAAUGCCCGGUGCAGUGCCCGUUCCCUUUGGCCCUGCUGCCUUGUCACAAAAAACACUUGAUAAAGCAUUGCUGGAAGGAUGGUGGGUCCGGCUCUGUGAGAUUAGUGACCCCUUUGGUUAGAACGGGCAAGUGUGGUUAUCAGUUUGAGCCCGGACAAAGGCACCAGGCUGAGGCUGCCGGUGGGUCCUGGAAGCUUCCUGUGCCCCCUCACAGUGGGCGCCCAGGAGCCUCCACCUGAAGGAGGGGUGUUGAUAACCUAGGGCUGGCCUCUGCAGAGAUGCCUCUUUUCUAACUCAUGCAAAAGUGUACAAACAGCUGGCCGUGGCCCGGCGUUAGUGGUCAGAGCUCUUUCACAAGGUGGGAGGGGACUUUCCUGUGCUGACCCUCUCAGUAGGCGGCAGGUCCCACAAGCCAGAGAGAAAGGAUGUGGUAGCAGAGACUGGCCUCUGCAGCGUGGGAAACAGAUCUGCAUGCCAUCGGAGGGGUGCCUGCCAGAGUGUACGCUCUGCCCUGAGCUCAAGUCGGGCUCUGGAUGGGGGCCUGGGCCUGAGGAGAUCAGGGCUCUGGUCCCAGUUCUGCCACAGAUCCCUUUCUGUUUUAUUUCUGUAUUUCUGUUGACACAGUAUGUUCACAGAAGCAAUCUCUGUCGAGUCCCACCACAACACUGUGGAGUUGGCCCGUGACGCUCAGAGAGGUUCAGUGACUUGCCCAUGGUCCACAGCACUUUGGCCCCCAAGGCCAGGGCACUUGCCACCUCCCUUCGUUGUGUCUCAAGAGCUGCAGUGAUUCAGGCAGGUCCUAUGUCCCUUCUGAAUUGGAUUUCUCAUAUGAAAAAUGAGGGAGUCGAGGCCAGAACCAAACCAGUUUCUUGAUCUUGCUGUGAUCAAAACAUGUUUUUCUUUCCACUGACUUUUCCAUGUUGCUCAUUUCUGUGGCGGACGAUGCCUCUUCUCUCGUUAUCUCUUGGGAGCAGCAGAGCUGAGGCUACCUGCCCCUCGGAGCAUGGCGGUGUGUCCUUGAAGGGGUCCGAGGGGCAGUGUGGACAGGGAGGCAACGGGAAGGAGGCUCUGGAAUGUGGUGGACCACAAAUCCUGCCCCUCCCCCAUGACAGCCCUCCUGUCAUUUUCUUUUUUUUUUUUUUUUUGCAGUACGCGGGCCUCUCACUGCUGUGGCCUCUCCCGUUGCGGAGCACAGGCUCUGGACGCGCAGGCUCAGCGGCCAUGGCUCACGGGCCCAGCCGCUCCGCGGCAUGUGGAAUCUUCCCGGACCAGGGCAUGAACCCGUGUCCCCUGCAUCAGUAGGCGGACUCUCAACCACUGCGCCACCAGGGAAGCCCUGUCAUUUUCUUUUUGGUUAAUGUCCUGGUUGUUCAACCUUCUUGUCUUCUUUCCCCCAUACCCACCCUAUAGCCAUACUGGUCUCCUCUGGGGCUCAGCUAGAGGGAAGCAGAGAGCAAAAUUCAUAUUGUUCUUGGUGGGAAAUCGUUAAAUCCCACCCGGAGUGUCUGUGGGGCUUUGGGGCUGGAAGCAGGCCAGAAAGGAGGGCUUCCUGAGCUCCACUCCUCGUGUUCUAGACCCCUGCCCAGGUUUUAACCCCCAAGGAAGCCAUGCCAGGUGGGAAUCCUCCCCACAGGAGCCUGGCACUCCAUGUGCCAGCCAGCCCUGCAGGAGGAAUAAGACAUGGGCCCUGAUUGCAGGGAGCUCGCAGGAGAGGCAGAUGUAUAAACAGAUCAUUUUCUUGAGUCUCCAGCAAUCCAAGGCCAGGAUUGAGUUUCUGCAAGUGCAGCUGCUGAACUGUAAAUCAUUCUACUAGCUGUAGGGCUUCCACCCCGUCAUGUCCAGUGAGGAGAGGCAGGCGGGGAGGGACAGGCCCACUCACACCACCCCUGACCCCACUCUGCCGUGGCCCGGGCCAUCUGAAGAUCUGCUCAGGCAGGGACGUCUUCCUUGCAACACUCAGACCCUCGCUUGCCUCUGUUUUCCUGAAGUAGCAAUGGUGGGAGUUAAAUGUAGGACGUGCUUUCAGGAGGCUCUGGCCAGAGGGCUCCAGGUGGCACCUCAUCCUCCGGGACCUCCGCCCUGGCCUCUGGGGUCCCUGAGGGGGAGGGACAAGAAGGGGGGCUGCUGAGAGCCAGGGGCCCUGGCUGUCCCUGAGACUGAGGUGGAAGCUUAAGGGGCCCCCAUGCCCACAGGCAGCAUGGGGAAGGGGGAAAACAGAGGGAGGAGACGGGGCAGGGUGGGCAGGUGGUAUCUGAGUGAUGACUGAGGGUAAAGGAACCAGACUCCCGAAGAGCACGCUGCUCUCAGAGAAACAGGAAGAAAAUAAAAGCGGGUCACUGGCCGCUGUGCCAGAGCACAAGGAAUGAAGACGGGAGAGCUGUGCCUGCAGCCUGCACACUGACCAGCGUGGUCCCCACCUCCCAUCCCACUUCUCCACACAGCCCCGGCCCGCCCGCCCCUCAGGCAGAGCUGGGACUGAGGUCCUUUGCCCCCAGUCCCGUACACUGGGUGGCGGCAGUGCAGGGCAGAGGGACACUUGCUGUGGGCAGGCCGGACAGCUGCUGUUUAGGAAACCUCCUGUUGCGGCCAAUCCAGUGGGCGAAGGAUUUCUCAUGUCCCUCGGGAAGUGGCUGAGGUGACUCUGGGCUGGAGGAGGGAAGGGGACCGACACCUCUUCUCGGACUCAGUUCAUGCCCCGAAUUCAGAGCCGAGGAGCACUGCUGGAAAGUGCUGUGCAAAUGUAAAAUACUUUCAGUGUCAUGCUCAUCGUCAUGACUGGGCACGUCGUGCGCCAACCCUCCAGCUGGCCUCCAGAAGCAGGUGCUCCACGGCGGGUGACGUGGGCCUUGCCGCCUCACAGAACAGCACCUCUGCCUACCGUCUGUGUGACUUGGGGCAAAUAACUCAACCUUCGUGAUCCUUGCCUCCUCUCCGUAAGAUGGGGAGAAUAUGACCCAUCCCCCUGGUAGGGUUCUGAGGAUUAAAUACACUUUUAUAACCAGUGCUGGGAACAUAGGAGAUAGUAAUAGAUACCAGCUCCCUUGUGGGGGAAAAACUAGCAUGAAUGUUUUAAAGGGCACGAGGACAUCCGAGGUUGGUGGGAAAGCAGAGUAGGAAGGAGAGGGUGGCUAUUCUUAGGGUCUAGGUGACAAAGCCCCAAGAGGGGCUCGGUCUCCUCCACUGGGCGUUGUAAUUGAUAAGUUAAAGGUAUUCGAAUGUUGGCUAGCUGCUCGAUGGGUACAGCUGUGGGGAGUAUUAGAUCAGAUUGGGCAGCUCAGAAAGGGCCCAAACCAGGGCUCACCCCAGGCCUCUCCCUCCCCCCAUUUUAGCUACUCAUCCACCUUGAGGCAAAGUUGGGCUCUGCCCUAAAGGACUGUGGCAGCGUGUGUAGGAGAAGCCACUUCCCACUCCCCGCCACCCCACCUUCCCUUCCCAGGCUCUCUCCUAGUAGAAGAGACACAAGGCCUUUGGGACCUGAGUCCAGAAGGAUUCCUUAAAGUCACUCCGGCCCUGCACGAUGCUGGGAGGCCUGAGGCCCGGGCCUCCCUGGGCUGCUGCUUCCACAGCAGCUGGGUUUCCUCUGCUGCCUGUCACAGCUCCGCUCUCUUAAAGGUCAGCACCUGGCCCCAGCCUGCAGGGGCUUUGCUUCUGGUGAGGGCAAGAGACGGGAGAGGGAUGUGGGCAGAGGAGGGAAAGGAGGGGAGUGCCAACCCAGUGUGCAGAAAUGUGUUUGGGAGACACAGAGGAGAGAGGCUCACUCAACUUAGGUACGACCUGAAAGUCAGUGACUUGACAACCAAGCAGCCUCUUGGCUGUCGGUGGGGAGGACCCACCUGCCUUCUUUCUUUAUCACCAGUACCUGCAGGAGCUCAACAUUUCGUGAGCACAGUUCCGAAAGAUCACGAGAGAGAGGAGAUGUCAUUUUGACCCCUUCAUCCCAGAGCAGUGGGGGAUGGGGACUGAAGCUGCUGUGGGUUCAAGAUCGUCCUCAAGUCAGGGGACUUUUCAGGGGAAGGCCUCUAAGUCCUGCUGAGACAGUUCAGAGCGCUGAGCCUCUUUCUAAGAGUGGUCCACAGGGUGACUAGAGCAGGUCCCCAGGGAAGCGGGGUGCGUAGGUUGCUUAGUCAGGGCUCACACCCAAUGAAGGUUACAGAGAAGCCUGCUGCCAAAGGCCGGAAACCAACUUCAGUGGAGGCCCGGGGUCCUUCUCAGCACCCAGUAUAGAGCUUUUCCCCACCUGCCCUGUGCCUUAGUAUCCCCUGUAAAAUGGGCAAAAAGGAUUUCCUGAUGAGCCUCGUGGGGCUAAAUGAAGUGAUGAUCUUGUGAUGCCCUCUGCUUUUCUGGGAGAAAGUUGGGACAGGGGUGCCAAUUUUGAUGUGUCUCCAUCUGGAGUACUAAGUAUUAGUUCAAUAAGCUACUUUUUCUUUUUUUUUUUAAUGUAUUUAUUUAUUUAUUUGGCUGCGUCAGGUCUUAGUUGCGCGGGCUCUUCUAUGUGGCGCGAGGGCUUCUCUCUAGUUGUGGCACGUGGGCUCUACGGUGUGUGCUCAGUAGUUGCAACGCACGGGCUUAGUUGCCCCAUGGCAUGUGGGAUCUUAGUUUCCCGACCAGGGAUCGAACUCUCGUCCCCUGCAUUGGAAGGUGGGUUUUUAACCCCUGGACCACCAGAGAAGUCCCUCAAUAAGCUAUUUCUUAAGCCCCUAAUGCUCAGUCCUGGAUUGCAUCAUGAACUUACUGCAUCUAUCCUCAAGAAGCUUAGGGUUUCAGAAAGAAAUAAGACAUUUCACACAAAAUAAUCAGAGCAGUAAUUCUGAAUUUUUCUUUCAAUCUCAACCCAUGUUGGAUGACACUGGAAUCUGUGCUCCCCGUGGGCUCACAGAAAUCCCACUCUCACCCUACUCCCAACUUUCUCCCCUGGUCAAGAAAACUUUUGGAAAGCAAAUAAAUGAAAAUGAUUUUAACAUAGGCAUAAUUUGACUCCACUCUAAAUUUUGUAAUAGGUGUAAGUAAGUUAUUUCCAAGUUUUUGUAUUCUAUCUAUUAUAAAUAACAAUGUUCUUAUCACACCUCUUAAUGGAUAAUGGUCGAGAACCAAUGCACUAGGCACUGAGUCUCAGGCAAUACUAUAAUUGUGCUUUAUACCAGCCUUAUUGUUGACUUAAAUAUUCACAUAAAUCUUACAUGUGAAAACAAGCUAUAGGUUGGAGUUUUUUCACAUUAUAAAAAUUGCCAAGAGUGCCUGAUAAAAGCCAAAUCUUUUUAUAACAAAAUAAGUAUAUAUUUUAUGGGGAACACAGAUGCAUCUUCACGUUUGAUUUGAAGCAGAGUGGGUGGAAGAGUUAAAAGGUUUCAAAAGGUCCUGCUUAAACCAUUCUCUAAAAUGUCUCUAUUUUCUCUAAACUUACCUGAGAAGAAUAUUCCACAGUCACCCUUGUUUACAUGCUCCCGAGCCUACUGUCUUAGGUUUAAGAGGUUCCAGACUAAGCUUUUAGAGCUGGGAGAGAUCUCGAGGUGGCUCAUUGGCUGGCUGAACAGGAAGAGACCUCCAGUGGUGAUGGGGGGCUUGACUGGGAAGGGGGUGGUCUCUGAAAGGUGAAGCAGCACUAUAGUGGGCACAGCUGCUACGGUUUUCUUUGUAUAUUAAAGAGUACCGUGGGGGCCUUCCCUGGUGGCGCAGUGGUUGAGAGUCCACCUGCCAAUGCAGGGGACAUGGGUUCGAGCCCUGGUCUGGGAAGAUCCCACAUGCCACGGAGCAACUAGGCCCGUGAGCCACAACUACUGAGCCUGCGCAUC